AUGUCCUUAGCUAAAGAACUCGACACCCUCCCUGGUGAUCUCCAAUACCUUUUCCAAAACUUUAGAAGCUACAUUGAUUUCAAUGACAAAUUAUACUUUGCGGUUGCUUGUAUUGCAUUCAAUCCAAUUUUCUGGAACAUUGUUGCACGUUUAGAAUACAACACUCAUUUCCUCACCAAGAUAUCCGGUGGAGCCAGGAACGGAUGUUAUUUACUUGCUGCUACUAUCUUUGGAUUAGGUAUUUAUCGUGAUCACGUCUAUCGUGAUGCACUCUUGGACCAACCAACUUACCAACCAUUGGUUGAUUCAGUGAUUAUCAAGGCUCUUGCUGUGUUUACUUUUGGAUUUGGAAAUGUUUUAGUUUUGACUUCAAUGUAUGCCUUGGGUGUCACUGGAACUUAUCUUGGUGAUUACUUUGGUAUUUUGAUGGAUGAAAGAGUCACUGGGUUCCCAUUCAACAUCAAUGAUAACCCAAUGUACAAUGGAUCUACCUUGUGUUUCUUGGGUACUGCCUUAUGGUACGGAAAACCAGCUGGUCUUUCUGUGGCAGCAUUUGUCUAUGUUAUGUACAAGAUUGCUUUGCUUUUCGAAGAACCAUUCACUGCCAAGAUUUACGCCAACAGAGAUCAAAAGAAGGACGUUUAA